AUGGGACCUAUGUUCCCCUUAUUUGCAGCCGAAUUCCAGCUCAACGAUACGCAGCUUAGCCUUUUGACAGGGGCAUCUGUACUAGCUCUCGGGUUUUCCAACUUCCUCAUCGUCCCCUGCUCCAAUAUCUUCGGUCGGCGUCUCACGAGUCUUGUCUUUUGCUUGCUGGGCAUUGCCUCGUGUAUAUGGCAAGCUUUAGCAGUGUCUUACAGCAGCAUGCUAGCUGCCCGUGUGGUGAAUGGAGUCGCUACCGCCACUAGCGAGACACUGCUAGUGCAAGUUGUGGCAGACAUGCUUUUCCUCCAUGAGAGAGGUCUAUGGACAGGUGUAUAUUUCAUGGGGUACUUUUUGGGUUUGUUCAUUGGUCCUAUCAUUUCAGGCAAUAUCGGGCAAAGAUAUGGCUGGCGAAGUUUCUUCUGGCUCUCCCUAGCUCUCACUUGUUUCAACUUUGUCACCCUCCUGUGCUGUUUCCCAGAAACCCGAUUUCACAGAGAUACACAGCCAAACAACUCUCGGCUUGAAAGCGAAGAUCUAGCCACCCACGCCAUUGCCAAAGUAGAAACAGAGCAACUUGAAAGCAUCGAACAACGCAGUAAUGUUCUAGGCACCGGUCGGCCAUCCAAAUCUCAAUUUAAACUCUGGCAAGCCCCAGAACCAGCUUGGAAAUCAUUCUUGCUAAGAGACAUUAUCUCGCCAUUCCGACUCUUUCUAUUCCCAAUCAUCUUCUGGGCAGGUCUGAAUGUGGCCGGUCCCGCCAACAUCCUCCUGUUCUGGAACUUGACCGAAUCCGGUAUUCUAAGUGCCCCUCCAUACAAUUUCUCUCCGUCAAGCGUGGGAUACUCCAACUUUGCCUUUGUUGUUGGUGGUUUGAUUGGUCUUGCCACCGCAGGCCCAUUCUCUGAUUGGAUUGCCGUGAGAGCUACAGAGAGAAAUAAUGGCAUACGAGAAGCAGAGAUGCGUCUCCCAGCUCUUAUUCCUUACUUUAUGUUCACCGUGAUUGGUAUUGUCAUUGGCGGUGUAGGCUAUGACCGACUCUGGGAUUGGCCUAUUGUGCUCGUCGUUGGUUAUGGCUUCAGCGGGCUUUGUGUGACCACAGUUCCUACAAUAGCCAUUGCAUACGCCGUUGACUGUUACAAACCGAUCUCUGGUGAGAUCAUGGUGGUUGCAACCGUUAUCAAAAAUACUUGUGGAUUUGCGAUGAGUUACUGGGUCAUGCCCCUGGCAGCACGGAGGGGUUUCAUUGUCCCUGCUAUGGUUGAGUUUGCGCUGACUAUUGGCCCAAUGGUUCUGGGGCUGCCGAUAUAUUUCUUUGGGAAGCGUCUGCGGAAAUUGACUCGCAAUUCUAGUGUACAUGGGUAUGCAGGGUGA